CACCGCGCCUUUCCUCUUCGCCGCUCCUUCAGCUGCCCUGGUUACCGUUGGUGUUUGCGAAUUCCCUGCAGCACCUUCUUUGCUGGAGACCAGCGCCGCCGGGCUCUAGCAGCAGUUCGAUACGCGCGCGCCCGCGUCACGUGGUGCGAGGCUCCCUCGCGGUUGCUGGCGGGCGGCUUAGCGGUGAGGAAGCAGCUGCGGCCACCGCUCGCCCUCCCACUGCGCCCUAGGGCGGGUGCGCGGAUAAAUAUGGCGAAGUGGGGGUAGCUGGCGCCGAACCCGACGCGAUGGGGCGAGCAGGUGGGGCGGUCGUCGGAGCCUCCUGAGCCACACGCCGGCGUGGUUUUCGUCGGCGAUUUGACCUGGUGACCUCGGGCCGGCGCCCAAUAGGUCAGACCACGGACUCCGCGGGUCGCCGAGGGCCCCGCCGAGAGUCGGAGGCAAUGGAUGAACAGAGCGUAGAGAGCAUUGCGGAGGUUUUCAGAUGUUUCAUUUGUAUGGAGAAGUUACGGGAUGCACGCCUGUGUCCUCAUUGCUCUAAGCUUUGUUGUUUUAGCUGUAUCAGGCGCUGGCUGACAGAGCAGAGAGCUCAAUGUCCUCAUUGCCGUGCUCCACUCCAGCUACGAGAACUAGUAAACUGUCGUUGGGCAGAAGAAGUAACCCAGCAGCUUGAUACUCUUCAACUCUGCAGUCUCACCAAACAUGAAGAAAAUGAAAAGGACAAGUGUGAAAAUCACCAUGAAAAACUUAGUGUAUUUUGCUGGACUUGUAAGAAGUGUAUCUGCCAUCAGUGUGCACUUUGGGGAGGAAUGCAUGGUGGACAUACCUUUAAACCUUUGGCAGAAAUUUAUGAGCAGCAUGUUACUAAAGUGAAUGAAGAAGUAGCCAAACUUCGUCGGCGUCUCAUGGAACUGAUCAGCUUAGUUCAAGAAGUGGAAAGAAAUGUAGAAGCUGUACGAAAUGCAAAAGAUGAGCGUGUUCGGGAAAUUAGGAAUGCAGUGGAGAUGAUGAUUGCACGAUUAGACACACAGCUGAAGAAUAAGCUUAUAACACUAAUGGGUCAGAAGACCUCUCUAACACAAGAAACAGAGCUGUUGGAAUCCCUACUUCAGGAGGUAGAGCACCAGCUGCGGUCUUGUAGUAAGAGUGAGUUGAUAUCUAAGAGCUCAGAGAUCCUCAUGAUGUUUCAGCAAGUUCAUCGGAAGCCCAUGGCGUCCUUUGUUACCACUCCUGUUCCACCAGACUUUACCAGUGAAUUAGUACCAUCUUAUGAUUCAGCUACUUUUGUUUUAGAGAAUUUCAGCACUUUGCGCCAGCGAGCAGACCCUGUUUACAGUCCACCUCUUCAAGUUUCAGGACUUUGUUGGAGGUUAAAAGUUUACCCAGAUGGAAAUGGAGUCGUUCGUGGUUACUACUUAUCUGUGUUUCUGGAACUGUCAGCUGGCUUGCCUGAAACUUCCAAGUAUGAGUAUCGUGUAGAGAUGGUUCAUCAGUCCUGCAAUGAUCCUACCAAAAAUAUCAUUCGAGAAUUUGCAUCUGACUUUGAAGUUGGAGAAUGCUGGGGUUAUAAUAGAUUUUUCCGUUUGGACUUACUUGCCAAUGAAGGAUACUUGAAUCGGCAAAAUGAUACAGUGAUUUUAAGGUUUCAGGUUCGUUCUCCAACUUUCUUUCAAAAAUGCCGGGACCAGCAUUGGUAUAUUACUCAAUUAGAAGCUGCACAAACUAGCUAUAUCCAACAAAUAAAUAACCUUAAAGAGAGACUUACUAUUGAGUUAUCUCGAAGUCAGAAAUCAAGAGAUUUGUCACCACCAGAUAAUCAUCUGAGCCCCCAAAAUGAUGACACUCCUGAGACACGUGCUAAGAAGUCUGUGCCGUGCACUGAUAUGCUUCUCCAGGAUGGUCCUACUACAGCUUCUGUAAGAGAUGUCAAAGAGGAUGAAGAAGAGGAAAAGAUUCAGAAUGAAGAUUAUCAUCAUGAACUUUCAGAUGGAGAUCUGGAUCUGGAUCUUGUUGGUGAAGAUGAAGUGAAUCACCUCGAUGGCAGCAGUUCCUCUGCCAGCUCCACAGCAACAAGUAACACAGAAGAAAAUGACAUUGAUGAAGAAACUAUGUCGGGAGAAAAUGAUGUGGAAUACAACAACAUGGAAUUGGAAGAGGGAGAACUUAUGGAAGAUGCAGCUGCUGCAGGACCACCAGGUAGUAACCAUGGCUAUCUGGGCGCCAGUAGCAGAAUGUCAAGAAGAGCACAUUUAUGUUCUGCUGCUACCAGUAGUUUAUUAGACAUUGAUCCGUUAAUCUUAAUACAUUUGUUGGACCUUAAGGACCGGAGUAGUAUGGAAAAUUUGUGGAGCUUACAGCCUCGCCCUCCUGCUUCACUUUUGCAGCCCACAGCCAGUGUUACUUGCAAUGACCUAGUGGAACAGACAAGUUAUGAUUCUGCAGGUAGAUGUAACUUUUUUGAAGCAUCAUAUUCUCGAAAAGAUAAAGACCAAAGGAAGCAGCAGGCAAUGUGGCGAGUUCCCUCUGAUUUAAAGAUGCUAAAAAGACUCAAAACUCAAAUGGCUGAAGUUCGAUGUAUGAAAACUGAUGUAAAGAAUACACUUUCAGAAAUCAAAGGCAGCAAUGCUGCUUCCGGAGACAUGCAGGCAAGCCUUUUUUCUGCUGACCAGGCAGCUCUGGCUGCAUGUGGAACCGAAAACUCUGGCAGAUUACAGGAUUUGGGAAUGGAGCUCUUGGCAAAGUCAUCAAUUGCUGGUUGUUACAUACGAAACUCCACAAAUAAGAAGAGUAAUUCACCCAAGCCAGCUCGGUCCAGUAUAGCAGGUAGUCUGUCACUUCGAAGAGCAAUAGACUCUGGGGAAAAUAGCCGUUCAAAGGGAGACUGUCAAACUCUGUCUGAAGGUUCCCCAGGAAGCUCUCAGUCUGGGAGCAGGCAUAGUUCUCCCCGAGCCUUAACACAUGGCAGUAUCGGUGAUAUUCUGCCCAAAUCCGAAGACCGGCAGUGUCAAGCUUUGGAUUCAGAUGCUGUUGUGGUUGCAGUUUUCAAUGGUUUACCUGCUGUUGAGAAAAGGAGGAAAAUGGUCGCCUUGGGGUUGUUUUCUCCCUCUUUGAGGGCUACUGCUAAAGGUGGUCGUCUGGAAGGAAUGCAGAUGACUGAUUUGGAAAAUAAUUCUGAAACUGGGGAAUUACAGCCUGUCCUACCUGAAGGAGCUUCAGCUGCACCUGAGGAAGGAAUGAGUAGUGACAGUGAUAUUGAAUGUGACACUGAGAAUGAGGAGCAGGAAGAGCACACCAGCAUGGGAGGAUUUAACGACUCUUUCAUGGCACAGCCCCCAGAUGAAGAUACGCAUUCCAGUUUUCCUGAUGGUGAACAAAUAGGCCCUGAAGACCUCAGCUUUAAUACUGAUGGAAACAGCGGAAGGUGUAGACACACUGAUUAAUGGCAUAAUCUUUCUAUUAUACGACUUUUACAUACAGAAUUUUAAAUGAGUUAAGUUCAUGUGAAUUGGUCAUGUUCCAUAUGAACACAUGGAAGAUCAUUUACAAUUAUUUCAGUUUUUCCUGCCUUUUAUUAAACAGCUGUAGUGCAACAAGUAGUUUACAGCCCUCUUGUCUCUUUUAUUUUCAUCAGUUGGACAUUGUUUUCAGUGUCAAUAUGUUUAAAGAUUCCUACACAUUGCACAGUGGUUUACAUGAAACUGUGGUAUAAUGUUUACUUUCAUACUUAAUUAGCCCAAAAUAAUUGCCAAACUUUCCAUUGUGCUCCUGGAUUUGUGUUUGAGCUGCUAUAGCAUUUGUGAAAAAAUACACUGAAAGUUGGUAACAGACUAUUGAAGAAGCAUGAAUAUAAUACAUGUGAGAGGCACCUCCUCUACUUAUAUUUUACUUAAUGAAGAUUGUUUGCUUUUCCAUGUCUAAUGUCUUGCCAAAUUCUGUGAUUCAUGGUUGGCUUUUGUUGAAAACAGGUCGCACUUUUUGUUAAUAAAAUGAACUUGAGAAAAUAUUAUGCCUCUGCAAUUUAUUAAAAG